AUGAAGCUCUUCCACGUCGUCGUCCUUGCUCUUCUGGGCCUCUCGGCCGUCACGUCCGCGGCCGAUGACAAGGAGUGCGAAGUCUGCAUCAAGGUCAUCGAAGACCUCAAGUCGACCUACUCGACGAUGCUCGCGGAGAAGGGUGGCAAGAACAAGCUUGCAGUCGCCGAGCAGGCGCUCGAGAAGCUUGUCUCGAAGAAGAAGGCCGACCCUAAGGAGAAGAAGCUCUUUUACUUUUUGGAGCCCAUGAAGAAGGAUGCGGCGCGGCAGGUGACCUUCGGCAAAGAGACGCUCAAGAUUUGCCAAGGCUUGAGCAAGAAGAACCCCGAAUUCUGCUCGAUUCGCUUCCCCAUCAAGGCGGCCAAGGGCACCGAUUACUCCAAGAUGCGCGUCAAGGAGCUCAAGAAGAUCCUCCAGGAGCGUGGUGAAAACUGCAACGGGUGCGUCGAGAAGUCGGACUUUAUCAAGCGCUUGCAAGAGACCGAGCGCGACGAGUUGUAA